AUAAAAAAUCGAUGGCACUUGGCGCCGGCGAGUGACAAAGAUUUUCCCCUUUACAAAACCUCAAACCCAAAAAGCCCUCAAAAACCUUUGAGAAGUGAGAACUCGCCGUUCAGCUCUGCAAUUCAUUCCUUCGAACACAGAGAGAUGGGAAGAGCCGAGAGAGAGCAAUUGAAUCGAACUCUGAACCAGCACCUGAACACCAUCCACGAGACCUUUCAGUUGUUAGAUCAAACUUCACCUUCUACAGUUGAGAAGGUGAGCUGGGAGAAGGUUAUGCAGAUGGGUGACCAAGUCUCCAAACAAGCUACCAUUGCUGGAAUGCUUUGGAGCGGAGAAACACCAGAAGUUAGAGCCCUUGAAGAAAACAUGGCUUCAUACUUUAAUAUUCUACAAGGUUUUCUUCUGCUUUCUCAUGGGAGUAUAGUGGGUGCAGGGCCUACCUUGUAUUCUUGUGUCCAUGCGUCUGUAAAGCACGUUGUUGACUCCAGUUUUAAGUUGUUGAAGGAAUCUGUCUCGUUGUAUGGUGCACGGAAUAAAGAUGGGAAACUCUCAAUGCCACAGUUGGCUGGUGCAGUAUGGGAAGCGUGUUCUGCUCUUAAAAAGACACCUGCCACCAAUGUCACAGCAAUUGGACGAGCAAUGACGCAGGUUGCAGUUUCCAUGAAAGAUGUUCUUCGUGAGAUGAAGGAGCUUAAACCAGGUUCCUCUGACCUGACAGAUGAAGCCUCUAAUGAGUCUUCUAUUGAAGCAGAGAUUGAACCCCAGGAUGAUGAAAUUUCAAGUGACGGUGAUCUGGGCAAUGAUUUGUCACCUGAAGAGAUGAGAGUUGCUCAGUUGGCAAUUGCAGUUGUGUCUGAGACUCUUGUAGUGAUAAAGGAACUAAUUCGCGCGAUCACAAGUUUGCUUAAACGUGAAAAUCCAAAUGACAGCAGUAAUCUUGUGGAUUCCUUGGAGAAAUUGUUGAGAAUGUGUCAAGGAAUCGGAAUACAAAUAGACGAGCUUGGAGCUUCUCUUUAUCCCCCUCAAGAGGUUCCCACCAUGAAGGCAGCAUUAGGGAAAAUCUCCAGCUUUGUCGAUGAUAUGCAAGCUGAAUUACAGAAUCUUAAAGGAAAUUUGGAAGCAUUUUGUCAGGCGUGCAAUUGUUUAAAGAGUUCUUUGCGACAGCUUGAAUCUGCAGUAGGCUGUCCCAGUACUGUCGAUUUAGAAACCAGAGUGCAGAAAAUUGAUUUGAACAAUUAGUAGAGUGAGAGAGUGAAAUUCAUUUUGCAGAGCUGUAAGUCAGAAUGAUUUCUUGUCAGUAUAAUAGUAUUUUAUUUUAUAGAAUUUUAAAUUUUAAAUCAACCUACUUGUGAACU